GAUUGAUCAUGGACUUGACCUUUGGAGGUGGUUAUAAGAACGAGCAAGAUUCCAUUUUCUACUCUGUCAUCUUCAACCUUUUAUCGCAGCAGUAUUCAAUAAUCAGACAUUAUGAAAUUCACAGUCUUCAUCGCAAGUCUUUGUUUUCUCGGCGCCACGGUUGCCGCACCCAGCCGCAGAGCCUUUAAUCCAGCCCUCAUUCCGCCUACCCAAGUCACACCGGGCAACUCUGCUUGUCAAGGAGACUCGAUUGGUCCGGUAAACCAAAUCCGUAUUCCGUGCCGUUGCCCGCCCUCCGAUGCCCAACUCCGCGCGACAGUCCAACAACAGCACCCAAACAUUCCGCAGGGUCUUGACCUUGAUUCAACGCUGAGCAGAUUCCAGUUGACGUUGGCAUCGUUGCAAACGCUCAAAUGCCCGGCGGCUUCGACGCAGAUCAAGGGCAAACUGGACAAGUUGGGAGCUUUGAAAGCAUCCGGGAGGAACGUUCCUCAGGCGGAAGUUGAGGCUGCCAUUCGUCCGGUUGAAGCAACCUUUUCUCCGGUCUUGGUCGGCGCGGCUGGUCCUGGAUUUAAUGGACAGCGUAAGCAGUAG